AUGGCGGAACAGUCUUCUAUGUCAUCAAGUACAUCCUUUACAUGGGGUUGUUGUGACCAGGUGGUAGCUAAUGAGAAAUAUGCUACAUGUGUCAAGUGUCACAAAACGUAUCAUUAUAUUUGCUUGUCUUUAAGGGAAAACUACAAUGUACCGAAAGGUUGGCAAUGCCCGGCAUGCAUUAACUCUGGUCCGAAAAUUAGCAGAUCCGAUAGUACUCCUCUGCGUAACGUCUCAUCCAACAGGGCGAAUAAAAGACCAGCUCUUUCUCCGCCUAAGACGGACAACAUUACUUUGUCGUGUGACGAUAUUCGGCAACUCAUUCAAGACGCUGUUAAAAAGGAACAUACAGAAAUGUUGUCAAAAUUUACUGAAACCCUGAAUAGAGAACUGCAACCUAUUAAAGAGCAGAUGGAUAAGAUGGACAAUUCUAUGUUAUUUAUGAACUCACAGUACGAGGAACUUUUGAAAGAAUAUGCUGCGUCCAAAGAUACCGUGAAGGAAUUGCAGAAAGAAAACUUAGAGAUGAAAAUGUGUAUCAAUGAUCUCGUCUCACGUGUAAGCCAAUUAGAACAACAAACUCGUUCAAACAAUGUAGAAAUCCAAUGUCUGCCGGAAAAAAAACAGGAAAAUCUAUUGCAGAUUGUAACACAAUUAUCUAAGGUGGUGGGGAGCGGCAUUGUGGACAGCGACAUAAAAUACUGCACUAGAGUCGCCAAGCAGAGCUCUACAAAUUCUCGACCACGAUCUAUAGUGGUACAACUGGCUUCUCCUCGUACUCGUGAUCAAUUUCUCGCAGCCACGAUUAAAUAUAAUAAAUCAAACCCUAAUAAUAAACUAAAUACCUCGCACCUUGGAUACGCCGGACCGAAGACUCCAAUUUUCAUUACGGAACACCUUUCAACCACUAAUAAGGCUCUCCACGCUGCCGCUAGAAUUAAGGCUAAGGAGCUUGGAUACCAGUUUGUCUGGGUACGAGGUGGCCGCAUAUUUAUGCGGAAAGAACAGGAAUCUGAACACAUUCUCGUUAGAAAUAAGGAUACUUUAAAUAAACUAGCUUAA